CCGCGGGAGGCGCGCGGCUGCCCGAGCGCCGGCCGGGCCAUGACCCCCGCUGCUCUGUCUUGCAGGCUCGUCGCCGCGGCCCCCCGAGCCCGACCGCCGCGGCCACCACCACCAGCGCCCGGGCGGGCCUCGCGCGCCUCGGACGCGGCUCCGCAGUGAGCCCACCAAGAAGGAAGCGGCCUGCAGAGGUGCCGACAUGGGGCUUAAGAUGUCCUGCCUGAAAGGCUUUCAAAUGUGUGUCAGCAGCAGCAGCAGCAGCCACGAUGAGGCCCCCGUCCUGAACGACAAGCACCUGGACGUGCCCGACAUCAUCAUCACGCCCCCCACCCCCACGGGCAUGAUGCUGCCGAGGGACUCGGGGAGCACAGUCUGGCUGGAUGAGACAGGGUCGUGCCCGGAUGAUGGAGAAAUCGACCCAGAAGCCUGAGGAGGUGUCCUGGGUUUGUCUGGCUGGCUCCUGCUCCGGCGGCCCGGCUUCAGGUGUCCGGGGGCAUGGCUGCCUGGAGCAGGUGUGCUGAAUACCCUGGAUGGGAACUGAGCGAAUCCAGGCCUCCGCUCAGAGAGACGUGGCAGGACCAGCGAGGAAUCCAGCCUGCCCACUUCCAGAACAGUGUUUCCCAGGCCCCGCUGAGUGGACCGGACCUCUGACACCUCCAGGUUCUUGCUGACUCCGGCCUGGUGAAAGGGAGCGCCAUGGUCCUGGCUGUUGGGGUCCCAGGGAGAGGCUCUCUUCUGGACAAACACACCCUCCCAGCCCCCAGGGCUGUGCAAACACAUGCCCCUGCCAUAAGCACCAACAAGAACUUCUUGCAGGUGGAGUGGCUGUUUUUUAUAAGUUGUUUUACAGAUACGGAAACAGUCCAAAACGGGAUUUAUAAUUUCUUUUUUGCAUUAUAAAUAAAGAUCCUCUGUAACAAAUAGUGAA